CUAAGUGUCACGCGUGAGUCAGGAUUAUCUACAUUUGCGUGACUAUCGAAAUUCAAAGUGAACACAUCACGUAAAUGACUCAAUAAAUGUCCAACUUUGCAUAAGGAGAAUAGGAACGUUGUCGUAAGAUCGCGAUGAAGUCCGCAUAAUUUUAAAUAACGAAUUAUCAGAGAGCUGAUGCUCAUUUCGGCUUUCGAUUUUUUUAUUCAUACGCGUGAAGCAGAAAGUCAUGAUCGAGGCAGGACCCUGCUCUCUCAGGCAACCUAAUUAGUGAUUAAGAUUAAUAACGAUGCCCAACACUGAGUCGUGCAUAGAUUUGCAGUCUCUCAUCUCAUGUUACGCCCCAAGGAAUCCAUGUCACAAAGCGCUGACUGAAAACUUAUGCAAGUGAACGGAUUGAAAUAGGCUAAUUAGGCCUAAUUUGGCGGUGGGUUCCUUUCCGAAUAACAAACAAAUGAAACAUAGCAAUACACGGACAAAAGACUGAGAAAGACAGAAAGUUAGCUGAAUGUUCCUUGAACUGACCCAGCGAAACAAAAGCUAUUGUAGUGAGGCUUAAUAUCAUCGUAAAGACGUUUGCUUCCUGUUCCGUUUUUUCCCAGAAGCGAUUACAGUGAAGAUCACGUGAUGAUCAGGAGGCGAGGAAAGUUGCAGAGUUCAAACCUCAAUCGUCGACAUUUCGGUGUGCAUUUGUAGGAAAAGUUGGACCGAAGAUCUUUCAUUUGGCAAUGGAAAAUUCAGGCGUCUGGGAAGACAAAAUAAGUAAUUACACCAACGUAACUGAUAACUCUACUGCUUCCAACGUGAAUCUUGCCGAGGCCUGUACGGCCUUUACAAUGUCCUUCUUAACCGUACUGGGGAACGGUUUAGUGGUUGUCGCAAUAGCAAAGGAUCCAUUCAGAGAACUGAGAACCAUCCCAAACUACUUAAUCCUGAAUCUAGCGGUAUGUGACCUUAUCGUGGGCAUUCCGUGUGAGCUGUUGCUAGGCCUUCUUCAUUACUUUGCUUUCCAGGAAUACGAACACUUCCAUCUGGCUGUGUAUACUCUAAUGUAUUUCUCCAUGGUGGCGUCUGCCCUGACUAUUUUGACCCUGGCGUUUGAACGUUAUAUAGUGGUAGCAGCGCCACUUCAUAGCAAAGAUUACCUCAUAUACUCUCAUCUAAAACUGGCUAUAGCCUAUAUUUGGCUCAUUGCUGCGACUGUCGCGCUGCUUUCACUGCUUAACAAUGGCAACACAACAGAAUUUCGAUUAAUCGUUACAGAUGCAAUUGGUAUUCCAACCAUGAUUUUCAUGAUUCUUUUAUACCAACGAAUAUUUUACUUGGUCCGAAGAUGCAUUCGUCAAGAUUUCGAAGAAAGUACUGGUAGUCGCGUGAGCCUGGUGCGAAAUGUGCCGCAAUUGUUUGUGGGCAUUGACAGGCGAGAAAGAGAGGUGGCUGUAUCCGUGUUCCUCUUUGUCGGUGUCUUUUUCUUGUGCUGGGCUCCCUGUUUUGUCGUGGAAAAUAUCCUUUUCUUCGGUUACGUCAACAAAAGUAAUAACAUAAGAGAUGAGCUCAAAAGAGUCAUAGACUGGGCCAGGUUUUUAGGACUACUGAAUUCCAUGCUGAACCCCGUAAUUUAUGCAUUGAGAUACGAUAAGUUUCGGAACGCAGUGAAAGCUAUACUCUGUUCAUCAUGUUAUCCCACAUACGUGAGCCCACGGUGGUAAUGAAUAGGUCAGUUAGAACAGGAGUACGUCUCCUUUCGGGACACCUGCGUUUAAAAAACAAGGACACAAAUAUUGGCUUCAAAUGAAAAAGAAAAAUGUUCCUGUAACUUUUUCGCUGAAGGAACCUCUGCUUUGGAGCACCUUUGUUCAAAACAACGGGAUGCAAAUUUUGACUCCGAAUGAAAAAAAAAAAUGUUCCUGUAACUUUGAUAUUGUUGUCCUUUCGCUGAAGAAACCUCUGUUUUGGAGCACCUUUCUUCAAAA